CUUUAAGAAGGGGCGUGGCUUCUCGGUACGUUUCUAUUGCUGCUUCCGUGCAGCUCAAUGCGGAAGACAAACAGGGAUCAACUCAUUCCUAAUAAACUCCGAAACCGGACCGAAAGAAAGUUCCCAAGGAGUUGCGAUUGAGACCUGAAGUAUUUCACUUGUCAGGUCAAAAAUCAUAACAUGUGGCCAAAUCAAGGUCCUCCCCCUCCAGUGGGCCCACCAAACCCUGCCUAUCCUCCUGGCCACAACCCUGCAUAUCCUGUUGCACCUACAUCAGGAUUCUUCCCACCACCUGGGCAAUAUCCAGCUGGGCAAUAUCCAGCCGGGCAAUAUCCAGCCGGGCAAUAUCCAGCCGGGCAAUAUCCAGCCAUGGUACCACAAGUACCCCCAGGGGGCAUGCCUUAUAGUGCUCAGGGACCCAAUCCUUAUCCUAUGGCUCCGGGUGGAUAUCCACUUGUUCCUCCUGCAGGGGCUCACCCAGGUCCUUACCCGCACUCUCCAAAAGGAGGUCACCAUAAAGGCCAUAAAGGCCACAAAGAUCAUCAUCAUGGAGGGUUAAAUCCCAUGGCCGGAGCAUGCGCCGGAGGAGUGGCUGGAAUGGGAAUGGGAAUGGGGUUGGCCGGACAUAAAGGCCACAAAAAGAUGAAAAAGGUGAAGAAGAUGAAGAAGGCGCAUAAGGGGCAGAAACACGGCAAGUCGUCCAGCAGCAGUAGCAGCAGCAGCAGCAGCAGUGACUAAGACCGAGGCCACAAGGCUUUUUCAGAAGCAAGAGUGCAACCUUUAUAUUAAAAAUAACCACACUAAAGUCAUACUUGUCACUUUAAACAUGAAGUGUACAAUUAAAGCAUUUAAAUAAAAUAAAGAUAGAAAUAAAGUGUUUUAGCAUUUCUCAUUAGAAAUGCAUGCAUGAGCUGUUAACGAUCUCACAGUAUUUGCUGUGUUUACACUCCACCGUGGUGUUUGUGGUGUUUUCAAGUUCCAUUACGAGUACAUUAGUACACAAACAUAUUGACAUUAGUUUGACAUGGGCUGCAGAAUUGAUUUAUGAGAAUAUCUAACAAUGUGAUUUAUUCAAAGAAAAUGUUUUUUUUAUUUUUUAUGAUUGACCUUGAGAUGGAGAUUCAUACGGAUAUUGAGUGUCUUUA